CCCUGACGUCGGAAAACACAGAAGACCCGAUGAAGAAGAUGCCGAUUUCAGCCAUUGAAAGGACUAGCAUAACAAAACUGAGCUUCUUCAUUUUCAUUAUCUGCAUCUUCAUCUCUCUCAAGAACCAAAACGCAGAUACCAAAAGGAGAUUCACUUCCACGUCUUCAAUGGCUGCCAUUAACUACUUCUCUUCUACAGACACCUCUUUCAUUUCCCCUGAUGCCUUCUCCUCUGACUCCUUGUUCUUGUCCGACGAAAAUGACAUGUCACGUGCGGUAGACCCUCCUCCUCGAUCCCUUGAGUACGAUUUUUAUCGAGAUUCAUGUACAGGAGCCGAGCAGAAGAUUCGAUCCGUUGUCACGGAACUGUACAGGCUUAACUCAAGUGUAGCUCCUGCUCUCUUGCGCCUUGCUUUUCACGAUUGCUUUAUUCAGGGAUGUGAUGCGUCUAUCUUACUGGAUCCUGCGGAAGGUAUUGAGUCAGAGAAAGAUUCUCCUCCUAAUCAAUCUUUAAAAGGUUUUAAUGUAAUGGACAUAAUCAAAUCUCAGAUUGAAGAAGCAUGUCCUGGUGUAGUUUCCUGUUCAGAUAUUCUUGUAUUGGCAGCAAGAGACGGUGUCGUUUUGGCUGGUGGCCCAUUCUAUCCACUGUGUACAGGCCGGAGAGAUAGCCAUGUGAGCUUCAUGGACGCUGCGACGUAUGACCUUCCUGCACCCAAUGCUGACCUUCCGGAGACUCUUGCAUCUUUUGCAUCCAGGGGAUUUGAUGAAAGAGAGACUGUUAGUCUCCUAGGUGCUCACAGCAUUGGAGUAAUCCACUGCAAAUUCUACCAAAACCGCCUUUACAAUUUCGCAGGAACUGUCAAGCCAGACCCUUCUCUGGAUCCAGAAUUACUUAAAGAACUAAGGUCAAAAUGUAUUCCCAGCCAGAGAACAACCUCACCAGCACCAUCUCCA